UGGCUAGUGUGACAGAAAUCAUUAGCAAUGCAAAGUCAUGGUGUUCUGAUACUCUUGUUCACAGACACGGAUUGAAAAAAAAAAAUCCGUUCAUGUAAAUGUUUCUGGAUGUACUUGAUUCCAAACUGCAGCUCACGAACCGGAAUCAAAGAUGAACUGGGCGACGUUUUAUGCCGUGAUCAGUGGCGUGAACAAGCACUCCACGGGCAUAGGCCGCAUCUGGCUCUCUGUUCUCUUCAUCUUUCGCAUCCUGGUCCUGGUGGUGGCAGCAGAGAGCGUGUGGGGCGAUGAGAAGUCCGGUUUCACCUGUAACACCCAGCAGCCAGGCUGCAACAGCGUCUGCUACGACCACUUCUUCCCCAUCUCUCACAUCCGCCUGUGGGCUCUGCAGCUCAUCCUGGUGUCCACUCCCGCCCUGCUGGUGGCCAUGCACGUGGCCCACCGCCGCCACGUCGACAAGAGGGUUUACAGACUGUCAGGGAGGACCAACCCGAAAGAGCUGGAGCAGAUCAAGACCCAGAAGAUGAAAAUCACUGGCGCCCUGUGGUGGACGUACGUCAUCAGCCUGUUGUUCCGCGUUGUCUUUGAGGUCAUCUUCAUGUAUGUCUUUUACAUGAUCUACCCUGGAUACAAGAUGAUCCGUCUGGUCAAGUGUGACUCGUACCCGUGUCCGAACACAGUGGACUGCUUUGUGUCCAGGCCCACAGAGAAGACAGUCUUCACGGUGUUCAUGCUGGCCGUGUCAGGCGUUUGUAUUCUGCUCAACAUUGCAGAGGUGGUCUUCCUGGUGGUGAAGGCCUGUAGUAAGCAUUUGCACGGUGUUGGAGAAUCAACUAUGGGCGCCUGGAUUCAACACAAACUCUGCUCAUUCUAACAAAACACUGUGUUCAUACUUGCAUAAAGGAAUAUGACAGUGACAUACUGUAUAG